AAAAAAAAGUUUGGUUUUCAAUACUUCCUGUGACUAUCGAUAGUUAACGAACGCAAGAUGAAAAAGGCGUCAUUGAAAUACAGCUGUAAAACGCUCCAAAUAUAUACAGAUUGGGCGAACCAAUACUUAGAAAGAGGACGCUUCAAACGCCACAUUCAAGAUCUCCAGACUGACGUCAGCGAUGGUGUCCUGUUAGCUGACGUCAUUGAAGCUGUCACUGGUUCUAAGGUGUUGGAAGUUACCCGGAAGCCAAAAACGUCAGCUCAAAUGACCAUGUGUUCACCACCAGGAUUAGAAGAGAGACGUGUGUGAGGGAAAGUUGACACUUCAGUCUAUAGUGCUGGUUGUUAUUACAUACAUAAUAUUAUUUAUUUAUUUAGACAUAAAGUUAGUUAUCAUCACUGUCA